AUGGUAUCUCUAUCCAAGAUGGUCCUCGCUUGGACUGCGGGUGCUGUCGCUCGUGCUGCUCUAUCCGACUGCUUCACUCUCCAGGGCAUUCGGCCAGACGGCACUGAUCUCCACCACGUAAUUGUCACUGGAGAUAAUGGCGUUUUCCAGCUCUUCCAGGCCAAAUUCACGACCAACCACACGGCCGCGACCAAGUUUGGCAUUGCUCGGGCGAGCAGCCAUCUGGUUGAUUACACAAACAAACGCCGCAUUGCCAAUAUAGGCCUCGGUUACGAUGACGACUUUAUGCUUUUUGAUCCUGAACCAUUACUGCUCAACAGGGAUCCGCUCCUCUGCGGCCUCUCCAAAGACGAUGGGGUCCUGUCUUGUGCGGCCAAGAGCGAUGCGACCGUUCAUGUCAUGGUGGCCUGUAGUGGGGCAGGUCCAGAGGUAUUCAUUCGGGUUCCGGGACCAUUGCUGGAAGAGGAAUCCAAUGACCUUAUCGAGCCGUGCUACGAGGCCACACUCGUGGCAAGCCAGGCAGAGGGAUGCGUGUUGCCGCUCUCCAGCACUUCUAGGACCAUCUCGCCGGCUAGUACCAAGUCUGCGACGAAAUAUCCCCAUCCCAACACCACUUCUGCAGACCACCAUUGGCAACCUGAAUCAACCGCUUCAACCACUUCUCGCCAUUGGAAUAUACAUCAUUCGCACGUCACUCCCCACCAGCCACAAAGACCCAGUAUUUUCUAG